AUGCUUGCGGUCCGUGCAGAACUGUAUUUCGCUAUUGUCACCACUGAGAGCUCGCCGUUGGACGGCGGUGAGCACCAAAAAAACGAAGGAAAGAUGAACUAUCGGGCUGUCCUCAUCGCUGUAGUCGCUUCACUUGCUGCGGUUGUUGAGGGCCAAGUCAUCGGACACAACCAGGUUCGGCCAUUUCCGGAGCCAGAGCCUGUUACCUUUUCUCAAAAGGCCGCCGUAAAGUAUAAACCCCAACUCAAGAUCGAGGACGGAUGCCAUCCGUACCCCGCUGUCCAGAAGGACGGCUCCAUUAGCGGCGGACUCAAGUGGAGUGGCCCCCAGGAUGGCGAAUGUACAGGUUCGAAGUUGGGCUCUCAGAUCUAUGCUCGGUCCAAGUGGGUGAACGAUGUAUGGGCAAUUAUGUACGCUUGGUAUUUCCCGAAAGGCCGAGGGGCAGUGCCCGUACCGCUCAUUCUUCGACUCUUCGGUCACCGUCACAACUGGGAGUACGCUAUCGUCUGGAUCGACAACCCUGAGCUUGAAAACUCUACCAUUCUAGGCGUAUCGAUGUCUGCUAGUGUCGGCUAUGCGAGCCAGACACCCCCUGAAACGAGGUAUGUGGAUGGCGACAGCGUCAAGCUCAAAUACUACUAUAACCACCUUUUAGGAAGCACAUCGCUGCAGCUCACAGAAGCCACCGGCGAAUUCCAGGAUCUCAUUACGUGGGAUGAGCUCUCGAAGCUGGCGCGGUACUCUCUAAACCACACAGACUGGGACGAGACUCUGUUUAACUUGGCAGGACUUAAGAUGCCGCUGAAGGACGGCGUGUUUGACGAGCUACUGAAUAAGGCCUGGCCGUUUUAG